UUCCCGCUCAUUCAAAGAGCCUCAUUGUGAAAGUGAACUUGUUUUAUUUUGAUCGUUUUAUUUUCUUAAUUGUUUAUAAUUGUUUUACUUUUUAAUUGUUAUUAGUUAAAUUUUCUUAAUAGAGUUUGUCUCAUAUUGAAUGUAAAUAUGAAUUCAGUAAAUUAUUUAAAGUGUGAUAAAAGAUACGAAUCUCUUUCUACUAUGACCCAAAGAUUUGAAGAGAAGCUUAAACUCUUCAUUCAAGUUGACCCUAUGGAAGAGAUUGAAAUUUUGGGUCAAAAAUUACAAUUUAAUGAGUCAACUACACCCGAAGAUGUGAUACAUUAUUUUUCUCUGGUCAAAAAAACUAUUAGUAUGUUUAGAGCUGGAAUAACGGCCAAAAGAUCAGCUUCUAAUAGAUCUCUAUGGUCAAGUUAUAGGGAGCAAAUUUUUAACUUUCUCAAGCUCAUUGGAGGAAAAGUUGGUAACAUAGAUGAAAGAUUAGAGCAAAUUAUCAUCAAAGAAAUCAUCAAUUUAACUACCUUCAUGGGAAGAUUAUCUAUGUUAGAGGAUUUUGAUCCAAAUAUUUACAUCAUUCAAAGCGAAAGUCAAUCACCUUCUCAUCAAUACUUACACGUUUGUCUUGAUAUUUGGUUGAUUUCUUUUCUCAUCUUAUGUGAAUACAACAAACGAACCAGGGUGAAAAUUGAUCUCCUCAGUGAUAUAAAUACAUCAGAUGAUUUUAGAAGUAAAUUUUUAGAAUGUAUUCUAGCAGAUCUAAUUUAUGCUUCACUACAAAGAUUUAUAUCAACCAAAGAUUUACGAAUGGUGCCAACUUUGGAUCCUUACUUUUGUUCCUGUCAUCGCGUUUUCUUUACAAUAGUUAAGAGUCUAGUCCAUUUGGAUUCAGCCAUUCUCAACCUUGAUCCAUUCUGGUUCCACUAUAAUUCCGUGAUGGACACAUUUUGCGAAGAAAACCGAAAAGAGAACCAAGAAAGAGACAGUCUUACCACUUAUAAACGUGUUCCCAGUAACUUUACCUCAGCCGCUAAUCUUAACAUUGCCAACAUUUGGCUUAUGAGUAAUCUAAUGGAGCUAAUCAACACAUCGAAAGAGAAAUCAACUGAUCAAGAUUUUUGUAACUCUAUUGGUUUCACCCAUUCGAUUAUUCCCAUUUUACAAGAAUACGAAGCUUCCGGUUUUACGCAGAGCGAAUCUAUGGAAAUCUCUUUGCAAUUAUGUUACAAUUCUGUUAAAAGAUGUGGAGUUUGUGUUGAUAUACCUUCAGAGUUUAUCAAAUGUUAUCUUAAGAGUUUAACCUCACCCAGUUUGUCGAAAUCAGUUUUUUAUUCUUUACCCAAGACGAGUAAUCAAUGGUCUCUUAAAUUGAGAAUCCUUUUCGAACGAGGCUCAGCAUCAGACUGGGAUGAUAAAACUCUUGCACUUCUUGUUUUACUUUUGGAAAAGGUGAUUUCUAAACUACAAAUUAAUGCCAAUGAUAUUCAAAAUCUACAAAUGUGGAAGAAACUUAAAAGUGAUAUUUUCUCUGCUCUAUCAAAUUGCCCUGUUGAUCAAAUGAAUGAGAUUCAGUUACACAAAGUUUUUACAAUCUUAAUUGUUUGCUGCUAUGCAUCGGACCAAUUUUAUACCGAUCUUAUUGACAGAUUCCGAGAAACGGCAAACUUAAUCAUUAACAGAUCAAUUUACUCAAUAAGAUGCAAAUUAGUGAUCCAAUGGAUAAUUUGUUCAGCUCAAAUGCUUCCCGAUGAUUCUGACAUGAAUAAAAUGCUCUCAAUUGCAUUUGAAGUAUUCGAUAAACUGGCUGAAGUUUACUCUAAAUUGGACAAGUCAAAUCGUGUAGCUCGAGAUUCGUGUAGUGAAAUAAUCUUACUCUACUUUGAUGAGUUGAUCUAUCUGUCCGAAGUAAAAGUUGAUACAAUAGGAAAUUGUCCCCUGAUUCCUGCAACAAUCUGUAAAGUUUUCGCACAAUUAGCUGAUCGAGAUUUAUUUGCUGUGGUUACAUCAAUUUCCAACAUUGUUCGUCAUGUUCGUAAUUAUAUUCCCAAAGUGUUAACUUCGUCACCAUAUAAACACUCAUACGGACCAUUUAUAGUAAAUGUGUUAAAAGAUUUCAUGGGAUUUGUUAAAAAUCAAUACGCGAAAGGAGCAAUCGAAGCAAUGAAUUUAUCUCAAGUGGCUGCGAAUUUAACUUAUCUAAGUUAUAUCAAAGAUUCUGGCAAACUGAAUUCAUCUGAAUUUCGUUAUAAUUUUUUCCAAUUUACUUGUCACCCGAAAGUUGAUCUCACCCAACGGGAAAAAUUCUGUGAUUACUUAUUCCAAGAUAACGAUCCCCUAAUAGUGAAAGAAAUCAGUGAUUUUCUACCUGAAUUAAUGGAUCGUUAUAUUAAAAGUGAUGAAUCGGGACAGACUCGAAUAAAAACUGUUCUCACUAAGAUGAUAAUCUUCAUAAGUAUUAAUAAGGAUAAUCAUGUAGAUGAAUUAUUUCCUAAACUGUUUGAAAUGAUUCAACGAGUUCUAAGUGUUGGUACUGUAACUAAAUUACUUCGACUUUUGGAAACAUUUACCAAACUAUUGCCCGAAAUGAAAGAGAAAUUAAUUCGUAAAGUGGCCCAACGAACUCAUGAAAUGGAAAUCGAAGGAAACAAAGGAACCAAUGAAAUAAAAGAAGCUUUGAGAAAAUUUUUCCACAAUCAACAGAACAAUUUAUCUUCUAACAAAUACAAAAGCUCAAUGAUUUAAUUCAAUUGAUUACCAAUGUGAUCAAUCAACCAUUAGAAAUCUCUGAAUCAUUUACGUCACAACAAUUUUCAUCUUUAAAAGAUUGACAUGAAAUCCAUUGUUAAGACUCGAGGAAUUGAUUCUACUUGAAUCAUUUAAUGGAUCAACAUCUAAUUUACCACGAUGAAACCUCGAGUUACCGCACUAGUGAACUUACUUGUUAUAAGGGCUGAAAUGUCUCAAUUGAAUGAGCUAUAACCUUGGAAAAAGUUAAAUAAUCAAUAGUAAUUUAAUUAUGCUCACUGAGAAAUUAAUUUCCCAUGUGUUGAACGAGUUAUCUAUUCAAAAGGAAAAGAUGAUCACCAUGUGAUUCCAUGAGAAAUGUGACUCCAAUGAACAAGGAAGAAAUGUUUCUCGUGUUUCCAAACAAAAGAUUAAUUUUUACCAAUCAACAGAAAUCAGAAAGUAAAACCAACUAAUCACAAUUAUAAUCAACUUUAAACCACUCAACCUUUUAAUACAAUCAUCCUCAUCAUCAUCAUCAUCAUCAUCAUCUCUCUCUCUCUCUCUCUCUCUCUCUCUAGUCAAUCAACCUUUUCCAACUUAAUUCAAAUUGAUUACAUUGAACUAUUGUAAACACUACUGGUGGUUACUUUUUGAUCAUCAAUUUAAAUUACUCAUCACAUCUUAUCCAUAAUCAUUCAUUUGUAACAAAUUAAAUUCACUUUUUAAUUUACUCAAACCAAUUUUUGUUAAAUAAAAUAAAACAAUUACCUGAAAUUAAAA